CUCGGCGCGGCGGAGGCGGCGGCAGCGGCAGCGGUGCUCCUGCCCCUCCGCCACCUCCCCCGCAGCCUCUUCCCCGGCCGGCGGCGUUGGCGGGGAGGGGGCAGUAGUUGUAGACGCCCGCCCCUGCUCGGAGAAGGUGAAGGAGGAUAAGAUACUGGACAAAAGUAGAUGCCUACCUCAUGGUACAGUCUUCCUUUGGGGAAAGUUCAUGCUGAAAAACUGAAGCAACCUGAAUAUGAUCAAAUUUCUCUACCAAGCUGUCAGUCUGAUAAAGAAAAACCCUUUUUGUCACCCUAAUGAAGCAUUCAAACAAGUCCUGUGACUCUUUUCAAGAUGAACUUGAAAAUUACAUUAAAGCACAGAAAGCCAGAGGCCUAGAGCCAGAGACUUCUUUCAGAAGGAUGAGAGAGGACUAUUUAAGAAAUGGUAGGUACAGAGAAGAGGCUGAUUCCAGACCCAGGUACAGAAUGUUUGACCCAGGAUUUUCAUCUGGAACCAUCCAGACCCAUCCAAGAUCAUGCAGUAUUUCACAAACCGUACAGAACCGGUUCCCAGCUCACAACAGCAAGCUAUCACUAGACACUCUGGGUUACUGUCAGUUUAGCAGGGACUAUUUCUCAGAAAAAACAGUGCCCCUGAACUUUAGUCAGCAAGAAUACAAUUGUGGCUCAUACAGCCUAGAGUUUGGAGUUCACAAACACCUCUGCUCAGGUUACAGCACCAGCGACUCUCAUGCCAGUCAUAAACAUAUGCAUCCAAAGAGGAAAAGGCACCUAGGAGAAGACAGAGAAAGAACUGAGAAAGAGCGGCCCAAGCAUGAGAGAAAAAGAAGUUCUGAGGAAGUGGAUUUAAACAAACAAAAGAGCAUCCAAAGAAAGAAACCGAAGGGAGAAACAGAAACUGAACCAGUCAGUACAGAAAAGCUUAAGACUCGAAAAGAGAGAAAAACCCGAGAUGAAGCCUCUAAGAGAGAGGACCGCAAGCGCAGAAAGGAGAAGAAGGAACAGGGCGAAGAAAGGACGGAGGAAGAAAUGCUCUGGGACCAGUCUAUCCUUGGAUUUUGAAACUCUUCAAUUGGUUCUCCUGGGAUUAAGUUGAAAAAUAUUUGAGAGCUUGGUUUCAUGAUACUCAUGCCACUUAUCCUAUGUCAAGAGGUACUUUAAUUUCUGACAGUGAGCACAAAGUAUUUAGUUUGCUUGUUUUCCAAUAUGAAAAUUACAUUUUCUAAAAGCGUCAUUACAUCUUACAUAUAAUUUCCCUUUAUGAGAGUGGUGCUGCUUUUUGUUAAAUUGCUGUGAUGGAAUUAUUUUCCCUUGGGAGACCCAUUUAUUUUAAAUUGGAGGAUUAACACUUUGCAGAAUCUAUGUUUUGGUUGGGUUUGUUUUAGUUUUGUGUCAGGUAUUUUUAUGCUCACUGGUUUUCUAUGAAGCAAUUUAGACUUCCUUUGUUAGAUCUAACUUGCAGUGUUGGAGAGUGAAAUACAUUAUAAUAAGCUUAUCUUACAUACAGUUCCAAAAGUUUCAGCAUCUUCACACAAAUUCAGUUUCUAAUCUGGGAAUGUUUAUAAUAAAGUUCUAAUUUCUGAA